AUGGCAGCUCCAUUACGAAAGGAACAUCCAAUUUUCCGAAUUCUGAAAAGUACAUUCGUUGACCUCCCCCUUCCCUCCAACCUUUCCAUUUGGUGAAACUCGGGCUCUCUACUAGGGCUGUGCUUAGUUGUUCAAAUAUUGACUGGAAUAUUCCUAGCAAUGCACUACACAGCCGAUAUUACCUUAGCAUUUUCAUCCGUUAUGCACAUUUUGCGAGAUGUAAAUUAUGGAUGAUUUUUACGAUAUGUACACGCCAAAGGCGUCUCUCUCUUUUUUAUCUGUAUGUACUGCCACAUAGGACGGGGACUAUACUACGGGUCUUAUAAAAAGAUUGAGACCUGAAAAGUUGGUGUAAUCCUAUUUUUGGUUACCAUCCUAACCGCCUUUAUGGGCUAUGUCUUAGUCUGGGGGCAAAUGUCCUUUUGAGCUGCCACAGUAAUCACAAAUUUAGUGUCUGCAAUUCCCUACAUAGGAACUAUUAUAGUUCAGUGAUUAUGAGGGGGAUUCUCCGUCGACAAAGCCACCCUUACCCGAUUUUUUCCCUUUCACUUCCUUUUCCCCUUUAUAAUAGCAGCCUUAGCGGUUAUACACUUAGUAUUCCUCCACAACAGAGGAGCCAACAACCCUUUUGCCUUCAAAAGCAACUAUGACAAGGCCCCUUUCCACAUUUACUUCACGACCAAGGACACAGUCGGGUUUAUUCUUUUGGUAGCCGCACUAUUUAGCUUAGCCCUCCUAUUUCCUGGCGCCCUAAAAGACCCAGAGAAAUUCAUUCCUGCAAACCCACUGGUGACUCCCCCACACAUUCAGCCAGAAUGGUACUUCUUAUUCGCCUACGCCAUUCUGCGAUCUAUCCCCAACAAGUUAGGAGGGGUAAUCGCCCUAGUAGCAGCCAUACUGGUCUUAUUCUUGAUGCCCCUCCUAAACACCUCGAAGAAAGAGUCUAACUCUUUCCGACCGCUAUCACAAGCAGCCUUUUGGUUACUUGUUGCCCACCUUUUCAUAUUAACAUGGAUAGGCAGACAACCCGUAGAGUACCCAUAUGUGUUACUCGGACAAGUGGCCUCAGUACUUUAUUUUAGGCUAUUUAUAUUCGGGUUCCCCAUAGUUUCUUCAAUAGAAAACAAGAUUAUAUUUUCUUA